CUCGUUGUGACUUACAGGAACAUAUUUCUCAAAAACAACAUGAUCAAGAUUGGAGAUUUUGGCAUCUCUCGCAUAAUGAUGGGAACUAGUGACCUGGCAAGCACCUUUAUUGGCACACCCUACUACAUGAGCCCCGAGGUCAUCAGGCAUGCAGGCUACAACUCCAAAUCCGAUAUCUGGUCAGCAGGGUGUAUUUUAUACGAGAUGUGCGCACUGCGGCACGCGUUCGACGGCACCGGCCUCAUGGGUGUCAUGUUCGCCAUCGUAGAGGGCGCUAUGCCCAAGCUUCCUGACAAAUACUCGAGCAGUUUAGCGGACGUACUUGAGACGAUGCUGAGAAAGGAUCCAGCAAAACGUGUGUCUGCGAGUGAAGUGCUGCGAAUACCCUACAUUGCAAAACACAUGCAGAGUCUCAAGCAGAAGAUGGAUCAGACGAGAGCGCGCGGAGAGGGGGCGGCGAGGAGGCCCGGCGGGGAGGGGGCGGCGAAGAUGCCCGGCAGGGAGGGGGCAGAGAGGAGGCCCGGCAGGGAGGGAGCAGAGAGGAGGCCCGGCGGGGAGGGGGUGGUAAAGAGGCCUGGUGGGGAAGGGGCGCUGAGGAGGCCCAGUGGGGAGGGGGCGCCUGGGAGGCCUGGCGGGGAUGGGGCACCAGGGAGGCUCGGCGGGGAGGGGGAGCCUGGGAGGCCCCGCGGGGAUGGGGCGGCGAGGAGGUUCGGCUGGGAGGGACGGGGUGGGGGAGCGGUGGCUGCGCUCACGCCCAUGCAGCGGCUGCAGCGUAAGAAGCAGCGUGAGGCGGACGAGGCGGCGAGGCAGCUAAGUGAAGCAGCCGCACACAACUACUCUCAGAAUAAGGAGCGAGUGCAGAGACUGCGCACGGCGCAGUUAAGCGAGCGACCACCGUGGGUGGAGGAGCACCCUGAAGUGUUCAACAGCACAGCAUUCCAGCCGCAGCUGCCACCCAGCCAGCAAACGCGACGAGGUGACUCCAGAGCCCCACCAGGAAGAGACUCUGAUGAUAGUGAUGGCAUCCCGGAGGAUCCACAGCUAGCCGAUACAUACUACUCACAAUACGAUGACUUUGAGUCAAGUGAGGAGGAUGACUCAGAUGACGAGGAGGAGGAAAUUGCCGAGGAGCCAGAGGUCAAGAAAGAUGACGAUCGCCGUGGCAACAGGCCCGGCGGGCAUCACCGUGACGACUAUGGCAGGCUGAUUCAUCACAUGGAGAAUGCACUAAACCUGGACGCGUCAAGCGGUACCUUCGGAGAUGAUGUGACAGUGUCGCAGGAUACUAGGAUACGAAACUUGAAGAGGCAGUGUGAUGUGGUACUGGGUGCAGAGGCAUUCAAGAAGGUGUACAGCUACCUGCGCAGCGCUCGCUUCCAGUCGUCCGUCUCCGUGACGGACGAGCAGGUCAUCAGGCAGCUGAAGCGCUACUGCAAGAACCCGGCCGACUGCUUCCUCGUCGAACAGCUGCUGUUCCUCGAGGAGCAGGCGCGCAUAGAUAAACUCUGACUGCCAGGGUACGGGGGUUAAGAAGCUCUGACUGCUAGGGUACGGGUGCAGGCGUGCAUAGAUAAGCUCUGACUGCUAGGGUACGGGUGCAGGCGCGCAUAGAUAAGCUCUGACUGCCAGGGUACGGGGGCAAGAAGCUCUGACUGCUAGGGUACGGGGGCAAGAAGCUCUGUCUGCUAGGGCACGAGUGCAAGCUCGCGUAGAUAAGCUCUGACUGCCAGGGUACGGGGGUAAGAAGCUCUGACUGGUAGCGUACGGGUGCAGGCAUGCACAGAGAAGCUUACUGCUGCGGUAUUGGUGCAAGAAUGCACGCAGAUCUGACUGCCAGGGUACGGCUGAACGAAGCUCUGACUGCUAGGGUAUGGGGCCAGGCACGUGUAGAUAAGCUCUGACUGCUAGGAAACAGCUGCAGGCACGCACGGAGAAGCUCUGACUACUAGGGUACAAGUGCAGGCAUGCGUAGAUGAGCUCUGACUGCUACGAUAUGUGUGUAAGAAUGCACACAGCUCUGACUGCCAGCUUAUGGGUGCAGGCACAUGCAUAGCGAGUGAAUCAUUGGUAAUUGUAUAGUCUCAUGAGCUCAGUAAUGGUUCAACAUUCUAAUUUAUCUUUCUCAAUUCUACAACAUGACUGAUUAUAGCUGGUUAGUUAGGUGUUCGUUGGUAACCAGUAAUCAAAAUGCACCACCUGCGAAAAAUGCGUGCGUGAUCCUAGUCGUACCGACGUUGAUAUCGGUCAUUGUGGCGUGCUAUGAAAUGUAGCCAUGACAUAUCUGUAUAACCAAUAUAUAAGGCAGCUGUACACAAGCGAUGUGCAUGGAUAGAAUCUAGGAAUUCUAGGUUUCCCUGCCAAUGUAUAUUAUCCCUAAAGCACGUUUUUAGACCUUUGAAAGUAUUACUUGUAACAAACGCACUUAAAUUAAACCGUGAAGCAGCCAUGUAUUGUAUGUAUGCAAGAUGGUUCAUGUUGCUGAUCAUUGUAUUUUAAAGAAGAAUUUACACGUUUUAAUAGUAACUGUGAUAAUAUUUUUUUGUUAAAGAAGUACUUAUGAGUCCUGAUAUCAGUGUGAUUACAUAGGAUUACAUAGGAUUACAUAGGUCCUUUGUAGUACGCUUUUAUUUUAUAGGAUGUAUACACAGCUAUCUGUCCUCGAAUAAUAUUCACCAUUAUCAGCUAAUUAUGGAAAUUUUAUCUAUACACUUUACAUACAUUCCAGACUAUAUGGUUAGAGCUUCAUUUGUUAUAGCUUUGUGUGAAGUCUGUCGCUGUUUAUGUAGUCAUUAUUUAUUGAAAGUGUGCAAUACGUAUGUUUUAGUGUGUUCUGUGAAAGGCAUGCGGUUAUGCUGUUUAGCAACUGUGCUUGAAUGCGUCUCUAUUGCCUGCUCAUUUUUCUUGAUAUAGGUAUGUGUAUAGUGUGUAUUGUAAUAUAUAUAUAAUCACUAGAAAUGAUAAACCUGUGUAAAUAUAAUCAUGUAAGCACCCCCAUAUACCCUGAUGAAUCCUCAUUCGCCACUAUUCUUGGCCUUUCUGGUUUUGCCAUUAUCUUAACUUCAGUAUUACUUUAUGUCACUACAGCUAAACCUGUGUCUGCAGCCAUUGAUAAAACGGCUACUUGUCUAUAGCAGCCAUAUAAAGUUUACCAAAAAUACUCUGUUAUAUUAUAGUGCCUGUACAGGGCGGCCAGAGCAAUACUGCAACAAGAGACCACUGAUUUUGUAUGCCUCAAGUGGAUUCCAACUACACAAUAGCAAUGUUUUGAUAGACCUCGAGGUUUUUUUCCUCAAUGCAAUUACUAAAUCAGCAGAAUAUCAUACUUGCUGAUGAAGUAAAAUUCACGCGAGAAAGCAUUUACUGAUCACUUAUCAGUUCUAUAAGCUACUAUAUGUUCGGAGCUAUAUCUAUGAUCAAUUUAAUUGCGGUGGGUUCAAUGCGCUUAUUGCCUAUACAUAUCGUCAGAUAUCGUAUACCUUGCAUGUUAAAAUUCAAAAUUACCACCUAUCUGUAAAGAAAGGUAGACCACCUGUCUAUAAAGGUAAUUUUUUUGUUUGCCUUUGAUUAGAUCCCUGUAUGUACAUGCUCGACUUAUUAUGCAAUCUAGUAGCAGAUUUUUUUCCCUAUGGAGUGAGUCCUCACUGUUUUAGGUGUGGUAAACUAUGUGUGAUAUUGUUAGUCAGUGAGCCAAACAGCAACACUGACCACACGUUAUCUAGUAAAUAAAUUGUUUGGAAUUAU